AUGGACGUGGUGUUCUUCGACUCCUUCCACCACCGGCCGUCGCCUGACAACGUGGAAGAGGUGCGGUUCCGCGCGCCGCUGCUGCUCAAGGCCUUCCACCUGCCCGCGCCUGAUGCUCCCGCGCCCACCCCGCUACUCCGCCGCUUCAGAGGAGUGACCCAAUCAGAGCCAUUCAAUCUCGCCAUCUACGCGCACAUUCUCCCCUCCGCCCCCGCCACCGCACCAGAUGCAGCCCCCGCCCACGCGUCUCUGUCUGCUGGUUCACACGCUGCUGCUCAUACCAAUGCCCCACCAACCCCACUGGCAGCAGCAGCAGAAGCACCAGCGGCACCAGCAGCAGCAGCGGCAAGGGGUGCAGAUGGGAGGAGAGUGGGGGCUAGGGCGUUGGAAGAUGGUGGUACGGGUGGCGUGGGGAUGUGUGGGCCAAGUGCGGGGGGCGAGUUCAGGGUGAUAUAUCACACACAGGGGUCCACGGAGAAUCUCACCACGGCCAUCAAGCACAUCCAGGCAAGCACCUCCCUGCACCUCCCUACCUACACACCAUACCCUCCCGAUGCUUCACCCAUGCCUUGUCCAAUGUAUCCUGUCCAUUUCGCCUCUUCCUUCUCUCCUCCUCUGCCUGCACCCCCCCCACCCUUUUUUCCGUCUCUCCCAUCCUUUCGUCUAUUCCCGCUACUAACAGACCACAUAGUGCUGCGGGGCUCCUACUGCGCGCUCUCCCUCGUCCUCUUCGGCACCCCCCUCUCCCCGCCCUCGCGCUCUCUGCGUCCCCGCGCCUUGCGCUCAUCACACGGAAAGCAGGCGGGGGGAACGGGCCAGGGGGGUCGAGGCUCGGCGCGUGUUAGAGUGGCGGGCGCGGAGAGGGGAGAGGGGGGAGGGGCGGUGGUGGGUGGGGGAGCGGGAGAGGGGGCCUGGGAUGAUGCGAUGGUGGUAGAUGCUGUGCAACCCAGUGGCGGAAAGGUUUUGAAGAAGAGAAAGUGGGGGAGAGAGAGGCGCGAAGAGGGGCGGGCAGGGGACGAGGAGCGUGGUGAGACAGACGGGGAAGGCGGGGAGGAGGCAACAGGAGGGGAUGAAGGAGGGGGAGGAGGGGAGAAGGCGCGGGUGGAAGGCAAAAAGGGGAAAGGGAGAGGGGGGCGCAAGGAAGAGGAAGAGAAGGAUGGAGGAGAGGAAGAGGAGGAAGAUGCUCUAGUGGUGGUGGGGAGGCGGGCGGCAGCAGUGGAGGAGGCAGUGGAGGGCAGGAAGCGAGCAGUGGCAGUGCUGCGGGCAUCAGUGCGGCUCUGGCACGGACUAUCCUCCGCUAUCAGCCAUGCUGCUGCCGAUGCCCUGCUCCCCCUGCUCUCCUCUGCUGCUGCUCAUCUCGCAGGGCUUAGCCUCCUGCCAGUGGAUUUAGGCGAGAGUGACGAGGGUUGGGGAACGGUUGGGAGAGACAGGAGACGUGGGGGGAGGGUAGGGAAGGAGGGUGGGGGAGGGGGGGUGCGGAAGGGAGGGUAUGGGGAUGGGGAGGAGGGGGGCGGCGGGGCGGAGGAGGAGAGGGAGGAGUGGGCGUUGGUGGUACAGGAGGUUGACAUGGCGCUUGCGUGGCUGCACCAUGUUGUCUGUGCCUCCACCAUCCUCCCAUCCGUGGAGGAGACACAGGCAGCGUUCACGCUCGUGCAUCUCGUUGCCUUCUCCCCCCGCCACUGCCUGCUCUUCUGCCGUCGCAACGGCUUGCAAGGGCUGCUCUCAGCCCUCCAACAACCACGCUCACCCUCACCUUCCUCCUCCUCAAGGCCCUCCCCCUCCUCCGCCCCUGCAUCUUCCUCCUUCCUGUCCUCCUCAGCAGCGUCGUCCCUCCCCUGCCUGGCUCUCUCCGCGCUGCUCUGCUGCUGCCGCCACCCAUUUGCAUGUGCGCUGCUGCUUCAGCCAGACCCGAGGGUUCCGGGGAAGGGCGCGAUAGUAAAAGGCAGCAGUGCAGGGCGGAAAGGGAAAGGUGUGACUGGGCCCAAGAAGGAAGGGGAUGAAGGAGGGGAAAAGCGGGACGGAGGAGCAGAGAAGAAGGGGGAGGGUGUGAUGGAGGUGGAAGGAGAGGGGAUGGAGGAGGAGGAGGCGGUUGAGGAGGAGCAAGUGAGCAGAGGGAAGGAAGGCAAGCAGGGUGGGGAGGGGAAAACAGAGGCAGGGAAGAGUGCUGGGGGCAAGGAGAAGGGUGCAGGGAGCAGUGGGUACGAGCAGGUGUUGGCGUUUGUGGUGCAUUCCAGUCGCUGCCGCACACCGCUGCAAGUGGGAGUGCUUGCCACCCAACUGCUGCUCGUGCUGCACCGCCAUCACCUCUGCCUGCGCCUACAGCGCUCGGUGACUCAGCUGCUUCACCCGCACUCCUCUUCCUCCACCCGGGUGCCCUCUUCCACCACCCCCCAACUCCUACUGAAGAGCGCUGCCGUGGGGGCUGGGGAAGACAAAGGGGUGGAUGGGGAGCGAGGAGCGGGGGAAGGCGGGGAAGGGGUAGUGGAACAGGUAGAAGGCGUGAAGGGGGAGGAGAGGAGGAGUGCAGAUGAAGGGCUGGCGGCUGUGGUUCAGCUGUUGCAGGAGACUCAGCCCUCCCUUUCUUCGCCUCCCCCUCUCCUCCACCACACCACCUUCACACCCCUCCCCAAUUUCCCCCUGCACGCCCACCAGUCGCUUCUCAUUCGACCGCCAGCAGCAGUGGCAACGGCAACAUCUGGAGCGGGCAGCACGAGCAGCACCAACCUGCUCAUCGCCUCCUCCCUUGCACGCCUCGCCUCCUCCUCCCCCUCCUCCGCACUCGCCACUGCGCACCGAGCCAUCAAGCCCACGACUCUCCUGCCGCUGCUGCUCUCGCGCCCCACCACCCUCUCCUGCCCGCUCGCGUCCCCCCUCUGCCCACCCCUGCCGCCCGCGAACGCGCCGCCGCUGUUUGUGUCGCCGCUGCUGGCGCAGCUGCUGGGGGGGCUGGACGCGGAUGCCCUGGCCGUGCUCAAGGGCUAUCACUUCUUGGACCUCCUCGCAGCAGCCAUCACGGCUGCAUCCACCUCGCCAUCCUCCUCCCCCUCCUGCCCCCCUCAAGUGGCCCGUCCCCCGCUGCUGCUCUCUGUGCACGUGCCCCCAUGGCCUGCCCCUGUGCUGCUGGCACCACUGCACGCCAUCCUGCUGCCGCUGCUGCACUGCCGGGAAGGCCUACUCUUUCUAGCCUCCCAGCCCCACGCCACUGCUCGCCUCGCCUCCGCUCUCCACCACGCUCCCACUGCUGCUGCACACUCACCUGCCGCGUUCCACCACGCACGCCGACGUCGCCAGGCGAAGAGAGUGCAGGGAGGGAAGGGUCAGGGAGUCUGGCGACUGGCAGGAGGCCGACUGCUGCCAUGCCGCCACCUGCUCGCUCUUGAUUCGCUCGGCAUUGCCACGUCACCAUCUGACGUGGCGGCUGCGAUGACCGAAGUGUUGAAAGCGGUAACUACUCGUUCCUCAUUUGACCUCCACCACCAUGCCUUCGCCACAGGGUCACACCCUCUUGGCUUGGCAUCAGCCUCAAAACGCCUCUCCUUCCUCUCCUCUGCAUCCUCCCUCCUCAUUCCACUUCACUUCGUCCCUCUUUUCUCAUGCCCUUGCCUCCCUCUCGUCAUCACCCUCCCUUUUCCCACUCCCCAUCCUCCACUCUUCAAUCCCCCCCCCCCCCCCAACCAACCCACCACGUGCACACGGCACCCACUGGCCACUUCGCCACAGGCAACCCUAGUGGAGCAGGCAGCAGCAGCAGCAGUGGCAGCGGGGGCAGCAGUGGGGGUGGCGUUGACAGCCUCUGCUCUCUCCCUGGGCGUGUUUGGCCCAGCCACGCGUGUGCCUCUGCGCUCCGCAGCGCAGGUGCAGGCACUGCUGGCGCCGCUCCUCUCCCUCGCCACCAUGCACAGGCAUGAGGCGUCACGCCAGGCACUGGCUGCUGUCGCUACACUGCCCGAGCUGCUGCAAGUGCUACACCUGGCCAUAUUUGCCAUAGAGCAUCCACUGCAGUCACGAGGCCUGCCCUCCGCCACCACCCCUGCCGUGCCCUUCAAAGCAUUUGAGCCGUCUCUCGCAAUCCUGUCCAGCCGUGCGUGCCACGUGCUGCUCGUGCUGCUCCGAGACUCCUCCCUCUCCACAUGGCAAGCCGUGGCCCACGGCGGGGCAGCCUUACAUGCAGCAGCAACUGCAGCCUCCAUGCGCCUGCGUGCCGCUGACCUCGUGCUGGGGUUUGAAGAGGCGAGAGACUGGCUGGAGGGGUGCGCUGUGUUUGGCAUGAAGGGCCUGCCGGGGCUUAUGGCUCUGGCUGUGGACAUGUUCAACGAGGGGGUCAUACACCUGCUGCUCUCCCUCCUCUCCCUUGCCAACUCCGCCUUCUCCAUCCCCGCACCACAGCAAGCAGCAGGGGGGGCAUCCUCACACGCAGCAUGGUCGCGGGCGCCAGGCCUGCACAUGGAUCUGCUGCAAGUGCACGCACAGACACGCCGCCUGCUGCUGCCCGCUCUGCUGCUCCUGCGCACCAUACUGGCCCGCCUGCAGGCCACAGUGAGUGAGUUCCGCAGCACCAAGCUAUUGCACGCCCUGCUCGACCUCUACCUGCUGCUCAGCACUCGACCGCCGUUCCACUUGGCCAUCUCCGAUUGGUCCUGCCAGUCCGAGGCUAUAGAGCUGCAGGCGAUACGACAAGCACUCACGUCCUGCCUCGCCUUCUGGCUGGCCUCCCAGUGGCGCCCCGCCCUCCUCCCACUGCUCUUCUCCCGCUCCCUCCACUCCCUCCGCACCCCCUCUCCUUCCGGCGCCGCCUCUGCCGCUUCCGCUAGCGCUGGCCCUGCUGUCUCUGCUGCUGCCGCUACUGCCACUCCUGCUGCUGCUGGAGCUGCGGGGGGGGCAGGUGCUGCUGCCACGCCGGGUGCAGGGGUGCUGGGAGGAGCAACAGCAGCAGCCGCAGUGGCAGCAACAGGGGUUGCAGGGGAGGGCAGGCAGCAGUAUGCAGCGGUGGGGCCUGUGUCUCCCCUUGAGCCUGCUCGCCUCCCUGGCCUUUUCUCCCUCCUGGCCGAUCUACUCCAGCAACCCCCACCCUUCCUACACUCGCGCCAACCCCCCUCUCCCUCACCCUCCACCCCACCACCCACCACCACUCCCGCCACCUCCCAUCCGCCCUCCGCCCCCUCCGCUCCCUCCGCUCCCUCCCUCCCCACCCUCCACUCCUCCCCAUCCCCCUCCUCCUCCGCCCCCUCAUGGACCUCCCAAGCGGUGAUGGGGUGGCCGCAGAAGCAGCAGAUGGUGGGGGUGGCGGCGGUGGGGAGUGUGCUGGGCAUGGGUCCGCACAUGGAGGAGCUAAUGUGGUUCACCGUGGAUGCAGGGCUGAGAGGCCGAGUCAAGCGAAGCAUGGCCCCGCACAUGCCCGCUCUCUGCCGCAUCAUCUACCAUUUCUCCGCAACUCCUGCUUCCAGCCAAAGUCUGGCUGGAGAUGGCAAGGCAGGGGAGGAACCUGGAGAGAAGGCGAUAGCAGCUGUGGUGGAGAGGGCAUGCGAGUGUAUGGAAGCAUGGCUUGAAGUCUUGGAUGGGAGAGAUGCUGCUAGGGCUGCUGCUACCGCCUCUGCUGCUGCCGCUGCUGCUCCCGCUCCUGCUGCUGCUGCGGCUGCUGGAGGUGCUGCGGGUGAAUCUGGUGCUGCUGGUGAUGGUGGUGGGGAUAAGGGUGCGAAGGGUUCUGGAGAGGUGGAAGGAGGUGGGGCAGGGUUGAAAGACGGGGAUGGAGCAGGAGCAGGAAGGGGACGGGAGGGAGGGGAGAUGGGAGGAGGGGGCUUGAAAUCUAGUGCUAUUGCUGCUGCUGGUGCCUCUGCCCCUGGGUCUACCACACACCCAAACGCCCCACUCUCCUCUACUCCCAAAGUAACCUCUGAUGCUGCUGCUGCUCCAACCGCUGCAGUUGGUCCAGGGGGCAUGGGUGCAGCAGUAGCAGCAGCAGGGGCGAGUGGUGGUACUGGCACCACAGCAAUCGGGCUUGUAGGAGCAGCAGAAGCUGCAGUAUCGGCAGCAACAGCAGCAGCGGCAACCGCAGUGGUGAGAGGAGCAGGAGCAGCAGCAGGAGGAGAAGGAGCGAAAGCAGGAGCAGCAGCAGGACAGGCAGGAAUACCAGCAGCAGCAGCAGUGGGAGAAAAGGCACCAGGGGCCACUGGCGGGGGGAUGGCAGUGGGGGGAGGGGUCUCAGCAGCAGGUAGUGGUGUGCCUGGGUUGGCUGACCUUUCCGGGAAGAGCAGGGGUGACAGUGAAAGGCCUGUGGCAUCGCCCUUGCUGCUUGCAGACCUGGUCUCCCUGCUGCACCUACUGGCCCAACUCAUCGUGCACCCCUCUGUGCAGUCCCAGGCAUUGCAGCACAAGUCCUUCUCCCGCCUCCUCCUCCACGUCCUCACGCACUCUCGUGUCCGCUCGCUGCCCCACAAGGCUCUGCAGCUAGCCGCACAGAAAAGUGCAGUAGGAGCGGCAGCAGCAGCAGCAGGAGCAGGAGGAACAGGAGCAGGAGGAGCAGGAGGAGCAGGAGGAGGAGGAGGAGGAGGAGGAGGUGGGGCAACAGUAGCAGCGACUGUGGUGCUGGGGGUUAAGCAGGAGCCUGGAGGCGAGUCGGCUGCAGACGUGUUGAUGAGUGGCAGUGGUGCUGGCAAGUCACCUGCCGUAGACUUUCCUCCAGGUUUCCUGGCAGUGAAAGAGCGCGCCGAGGGGGGUGCUGGCAGUGGGGAGGACGGCAAAGCUUCACAGGGAGUGCAGCAGAGGGGAAGGACCCAGGGGAUGCAAGGACUGCAUGGGGAGCACGGGGAGCAUGGAGAGCAGAGAGAGAAAGGAGAGCAAGGGGAGCAAGGGGUGCAUGAGGGGAGCAGUGGCAUGGAAAAGCAGAUGGAUCAGGUUACCUGCAUGGGGAUGUUUAUCGCGUCUGCUCUCUCCUUGCAUGCUCUGCAAACACCCAGCUUCUUCCACUUGUGUCUUCACCAAUACCGCCUCCCAUCGCCGCCCCUCGCCCUGCCACCCUCUGCUGUCGCUUCAUUCCCUGCCAAUGCACUGGAAGCAGCACCCCCAGCUGCUGUGGCUGCUUGCCAAGUGAAACAGUGCAAGGACCCAAGGGAGCAUCUGCAGCUGUCUUCGCAGGAGACACUCUGGCUGCCCUGCUCUCACUCGUGCAGGCAAGCCACCUCCUCCCCUCGCACAUGCUCGCAUCCCACUGCUCUACUUUCCCUUCUCAAUGCUAGAGGGGAAGUGGGAGGGAGGGAAGGGAGGAUCGCAGCGGUGGUUGCGUCGUCAGCGGAGCAGCGGAGUGCAGCACUUGUGGAGGCCUUCUGCCUUGCCGUGCUGCGCCUUGCUGACUCUGGACAAAGCUCAAUGGGACUUCUGCUCUUUAAGCUCCUUCUCGGCACAGCGGCUCUCACAAGCUCUCCUUCUCCUAACCACCUCCCCGGUUCUCUCUCCUCUGCAGCGCAUCUUCUCUCCACCAAGCGUUCUGCUGGUGCCGCCUCAGGAGCUGGGCCAGACGGGAAGCGAGUGCGGGGGGAGCAGGAGGAACUGGGCGGGCGGGGCAUGGGCAUGGGGGGGAUGAUGGGGGGCGGGAUGGGCGCGCUGGGUGGACCAGGGGUGCCCCCUUCCCCUGCAGGACCUGGGGGGUUGUUUGCGAUGAGCAGGAGAGACAGUUUUAGGCAGCGCAAGCCUAACACAAGCAGAGCGGCGUCGAUUCACGUGGAUGAUUAUACGGCGAGGGAGAGGGGCGAUGGGGGGAGUGGGUGGGGCAGCAGUGGGCGGCCGCCAUCGAUCCAUGUGGAUGAGUUCAUGGCACGGCAGAGGCAGAUGGGAGGCCCGCCGCUUGUCGCAGCCACUCCCCCGCCUCUUCCCCCCAUGCCUGGCGUACCCGUUGCUGGUGCUGGUGCGGCGAGUGCUGGUCCUUCUGGUGCUGGCCCUGGUGCUGCUGGUGCUGGUGAUGGCGGUGGGAAGGAGGAAGGGGGGGCAGGAAGAGCGGCGCAGGGGGGCAGAGAAGGAGUGGGCGGGGGAGGGGGAGUGGUGGCGGGGCAUGCAGGGAAGCAUGGGUCUCAAAUGAAUGGUGUUGCUGGCGGUGGUGCUGCUGCUGCUGGUGGUGGUGGUGGUGGUGGUGGUGGUGGUGGUGGAAAAGAAAAGAGGAAGAAGUGGUUUCACGGGGAUCUCACAAGUGAUUCGGAUGAGCAUGAUGAUGAUGAGGAGGAGGAUGGUGUUGAUGGUAGUGGUAAUGGGUCAGAUGGCGAGGGAGAGGGCAGAGGGCACGAUGGGGAGAAGAAGGGAGGGAGGAGGCAUGUUGGGAAGAGGAGAAAGGGUGGUGCACAGAGUGAGAUGGAUGGUGAUAGUGGUCCAAGAAAGGCUGGGCAAGCCCUCUUCCACCACCUCUCCGCCUCUCAUGCUAUCUCUCCUGCUGACCUCCCCUCUUACCUCAUGGCUGCGGCUGCUGCUGCCUCGCCAGGCAACCUUUCCGCCUCGCCUCCUGUAUCUGCAGCUGCUGCAGCUGCAGCUGUUGCAGCAGCUGCAGUCAUGCUAGCACCCUACUCAGACUACUCAAAGGUCCAGCCCUCAGUUGUGCCACCACAGCCGCCGCCACCACUGCCGCAGCAGCAGCAGGUGGUUGUUUCCGCACCUGGGCCACAGGGCCUUGCUUCUCCACCCUUUCCUCCGUCUCUGCUUGGAACCGCCGCACUGCCACCACUACCUGCAACGGCACCUGCUGCUCCUGGUCCGUUGCACUCCCUGCCACAGCCAAGCAGCCAUGGUCCACCAUUGCAGGUGCAAGCUCAAGCACUGGCAGCACAGCCAGGCACGGCAAGUGCUGCUGCUGCUGCUGCGGCGGCGGCUGCUGCGGCUGCUGCUGGUGCUGCUGCACCCAAGGCUUCUGAUGUUGCAGGGCUGGGUUCUAUUCAGGCUCUACUGCAGGACCCAGUGAAGCUACAGCAGCUGCUGGAGGAGCAGCCAGGGCUCAUCAGCAUUCUGCAGGAGCAACUCGGAAACACUGGCUUUUCAUGA